AUGAACACACUGAAGGAUACAAAUGUCAUUGGGAAGCAAAUAAAGGACGGAAUUCGCUUAAUAGGCCGUGGAGCAGAAGAAAUCAAAUGGCCGAUUCACCUUGAGGUAUCAAGGGAGACAGCAAGGGCAAAAGCUGCCGUCGAAGCAGCUGGUGGAACAGUAAGAUUGGUGUAUUACAAUGGAUUCCAGGCGCUCCUCAAGCCCGAGUGGAUUGAGAAGAAGGGCCAACUGUUACCAAAAGCGGCGAGGCCUCCGCCCAAGCAGCGAGACAAGGUUGAUAGCAUUGGCUGCCUGCCUGCACCAACAAAGCCACUUCCCUUCACACCAGAGGAACUAGAGUUGCAGCAAAGCAUGACGCUGCUCGUGUGAUUGCAUAAGAUGGGUGCACG